AACUUCGACUCGAGUAGCCUUCAAUUCUUUUUGGUUGUGACGCAACGCUCCCAGAAAAACAAUGCCUCAAUCUAACAUCACAAUGAAAAGACUCGGUCUAGCAGCCUUCGCGUCAUCCGCUCAUGCCUUGGUGGUAAAUCCACGCGGCGAAGCCUUCAGUGUCGACGCCGUCCCAGCACCUGCCUUGUCGCGAUUCGAUCCGGUCGCUGAACUACACAAACUGUGGACGAAAUUCCCUACCACUGGUACUCUGGAGCGAAGACAGGUGGACGCUACGAAGCAACAAGGAUCGGUCCUUGUCGACGUGCGGAGUGGAGGGAACACUUUCUAUGUUCCCACGGUCAUCGGCAACCAGACGUUUAAAAUGCUUUAUGAUACUGGCUCUGCCGACUUGUGGGUCAUCUCGGAAGAUGGUCCACAAUGGCAAGCGGAUGAGGGGCAUCCGCUGUACCAUCCUUCCUCUUCUGCCGAGCUUCUUCCCAACCAUAAUUGGAGCAUCAAAUACGCCUACGGACAGAGUGCCUCGGGCGUGGUGUAUCUCGAUACGGUGAAAGCUGGUCCCCUUACGGCCACCAAGCAAGCCAUUGAGGCAGCGACACAAAUAUCAUUCGAGACCGCCACGGAUGGAAUUCUUGGUCUUGCGCCUGGUAUUAUCAACCAGGUGCAGCCAGAGAGACAAAAGACCUUCUUUGAAACCCUGGCCCCGACGCUCCAAAGGAAUCUGUUUGCAGCAAAUCACCGAGUCGAUGGUAAGGGUACUUGGGACUUCGGAUACAUCGACGAGUCAAAGUACACAGGCGACAUCACAUGGGCUCCAGUAUCAGGUACCCAGAAGCAUUGGCAGGUCGAUGUUGGCGAGUACGCGGUGGGCCAAGGGUCUUUCAGCAGCGAACCCGUCGGCGAGGUUAUCGUGGAUUCUGGAAGCGUACUGAUCUACCUUCCUGAAGCCGUGGUCAAGGAUUAUUAUGGCCAGAUCCCGGGAUACGUGCCAACACAAGGGGGCUCAAACACCUUUCCGUGCAACAGCACCAUGCCAGACUUGAACUUCAAGGUUGGAAGCGGCGUGCUCACAGUGCCUGGACGCGAAGUUAAUUAUGGCUCCUACGACAAGGCCAAGGGCACAUGUGUGGGAGCCAUCACCAUGCAACUGAACAUGAAGUAUUCCGUGCUGGGUAGCAUUUGGAUGCGCAACUACUAUGUCAUCCACAGCAAUGAAGAUGGCGCGCUUAAGAUGGGUUUCGCGCUGCAGAAGUAA